CAAAUUUAGAUAGAAUAAGAAGAGUAGCAGCACUGCACUUUGGACCACAUUUCCACUGUGCAAAGGCUGAUUUCUAUCAGCCCUGUAGGCCUACUUCCUAAGGCUGGUGAAAAUGUAUAGGUAGCCAGCACAGCUUUUAUUGACUAGACCUUUUUGAACCAAGUUGAUGAUUACCAAUUUCAUCAAGAAACUAUUGUGAAAGUAGGACUGGCUGUAAAAUCCAUCAUGAUGACGAUGGAUGUCAAUUCUAGAUAUGGGACGGCAAGUGGAGUUUCCAGUUCCGAGUAGUCCUGAAAGCAGGAAACCCUGACGGAGACACAUUUCCGCUCCGCUUCCUUGUUGAAGAACCAAGCUCAACAUUGAAUAUGUAUUCCUUUGGACUAUUUUUAUAUGAAAAACUAUCGACAUGCUUUAGUUUGUAGUUCUCGUGUUAUGCGGCUCAUCGUUUCGUUACAUACUAUAGGUUUUUACGCGUCCAGUCUCUGAAGUUAGUUUGGUGGAUAAAACUUCAGAAGAGUUGUUAAUCGUACAACUACUACCUCACUCGGGCCGAAGGAAUGGCACAUUCAAGGAAAGGGGUGAAAGAUGAUGAUAUGCCUGGCGAAACCGAUGGUGAAGAUGUCAUAGAUGAUCCGAUUGUUGAACAGGGAGCAGUGGUAUUGAGAAGUUUUGUGGUGGAGAGGCUUCAGACGGAGAGCCCGGAUGUGCCCGUGAGCCAUGAGCUUCUUGGGGGCACUCCAUCUGAGGGGGACGACCCCCAGAUCAAAGCCGUGGUGGGACAGUUACUGAGUAUUGCAGAUGAUCUGAAUCGCAAUGCUGAACUUCAACACCUCAUCAACACUGUGCAGGCCAACUGUGCUCAGGACGUGUUCGUCACCGUGGCCAGAAGCAUCUUCUCCGAUGGCAUCAACUGGGGCAGAGUGGUGGCACUCUUCCACCUGGCCUACAGACUCAUAUCCAGGGCUUUGACUCAAAACCACUUUGAAAUCAUCCGCCGUAUCAUAAGCUGGGUGCUCCAAUUCAUCAGGGAAAACAUUUCAUCAUGGAUACGUCAACAGGGAGGAUGGGAGGGCGUAAUGCACAGUGUGUCACGGUGGCGUACGGUGUCCAUCCUUGCCGCGGUUGCCUUCAUCACUGCUGUAGUGUACUGGAGGAGAAGUCGCUGAGGCCCAGAUGGAGGACUAUUGAUGAUGACACAUGCCACCCAUGACAACGCUGGGAACUGCCCUUCAUUUGGGGUGAAUUCCAGGAAAAAAAGGUUUAGUAACUUGCCACGGCAUGUCAACUCGGAGAAUGUGGUAAACCUCCUAAUAUCAGACAGAGACCUCUGACUCUUUUGUUGGAAAAUAAGGGGGCAUGCAUAAUCGAGGCAUUUUAAUGCAUACACAGCUGCAUGGCUGCACAUCGGUACACCUCCCCCACCAUUUUGUGAGUGUCGAUAUGUAGCAAAGCGCGUCCUCUCAAUUUUUGAUGCUUGAUACCUGUCACAUGCGUUGUGUUUUGGGGUGAUACGUGCAUAGCUCUGGAGAAUGUAAACGACACACGUUAACGCGCGUUAGCUUUCAUUUCUCGCAUCGACUAUGUAAUCCCCCUAAAUCCAUAGUGGGUUUACGAAUUACAUGUACUCUGACUUAAAUUACCUUGGUUAGUAACAGAACCAUGUUCCUGGAACAUUCCCCUGAUGAUGAGGUAUCGCUCUCCUGUUUCUGCUGAGCUGUUUACAAAGAGUGUUCAGACACGUCAUCAGUACCAGCAGAUACUGCUGUCCAAACUACUAUCCACACCACCACUCCCCAGAUUACUUUUUUAAUAUUCUUUUUUAAAAACCUGUACAUAUUACCACUUCUGUUCUGUGAAGUUAUUGUUAACGGUUAGUGAAUUACAGGGAUGAGAUGAUGUAUAGAAGCCAACAAGCAACACCCUCCCCUCCCUAUUUAUAGUGUAAUGUAAUGUUUCAAAUCUGUAAAAAAUUGUGCAACAGAUCCUCUGGAAAAUAUGAACAGAGGACCUGAAAUGCGGGUGGAUGAGAACAAAUUUUAUAAUUUUUAUCAAUAAAGAGCAUUAUUCAUCUCAUCUUCA